AUGGACCUCAGAAUCCCGGGCCCUAUCCGACCCAACAUCCCCAACCCCAACCUGGAGGCUACCCGCCGCAACAAUGGCCAGACCAGGGCCACGGCCAUCCCCAGCAACAAGCCCCUCCGCAGUCGAGCCUUCAACCACAGAACUAUCAUCCAAACUACGCUCAGCACAUCUAUCAACAACCUGCGCGGCCCGCCUUCAACUCCCAACACGCACCAUCAGAAGCCUGAUGCAGCGUCGGCGGGCAAAAAGAAGAAACGCAAAACGAAUACACUAGGUCUGACGCCAGGGGAUGAUUCUGAUGAAGACGAUGUUGAUGAGGAAGCCAAGUUGACUGAGAUGAUAGGCGCUGACGCUCCGCAACCACAGGACAUUUCUGCGUGGAUUGCCGAGCGUCGGCGGAACUUCCCAACACAAGCGCGUGUAAAGGCUAAGUUAGCCGCCGAGAGUGUCCAGAGUAGUAAUGGGAUCAAAGAAGAAGACGCCGAUCCCAGAGGUGUUUCGCUCUCGGCAUACGAGAAGCAGCAACAGAAGGCCGACAAACUCAGGAAACAGCUAGAGAAAGUCGAGUCCAGCCUCAAGAGGAAGCGUGAGCAGCAAGAUGCUGGCGACGAGAUGCGAGACGUCACAAUCAGCUCAUCUGUUUCUUCGUCAUCCAAGUCCGAUGAUGAAAAGCCAGAGGCACUGUCGACAAAGCAGGAGCAGCCUGCGUAUCUUCCUCCGCCCCCAAAGAAGGCCGAUCCUACGAAGCAUUGCAAGUACUAUUCUACGGGAGGUACAUGUGGCAAGAAGGGCAAGUGCCGCUUCGUUCACGAUCCGGCUGUUCGUGAAGCCGCAUUGAAGGAGCGAGAGUUGAAUGGAGGCAGGAUGACUCUACAACAGCGUCUUAUUCUCAAUGACAAGGAUCAGGAGGACCUGACCAUCAUCAAGACUCUUCAAUAUCUCAAAGAAAAGGGCUUGAUGCGGGAGGAUAAGACAGCUUCCGAGGCUACUGUGCUGAGUGCUCAGCUGACCAACGGCGAGGGCGCUCAGCCUAGCUCAACUCCAAAGUCGUUUCUUCCACCUCCGCCAGUUGGCCUUCCCGCACAGCCGCCGCCGAGCGUCUUGUCUGGCACCAGUACUGUUCGCUAUCAGGGAUGGAAUCUAAGUGGCUUCGGCAAUACUGGUGUAAAGUCUGGUGAUUCGUAG